GGGGGCGUGUCCGGGGAUGCAGCAUCCUGCCACGCCGCUCGCACCUCGUCCAUGCAGGUGCCUUCCUGGGGAGCAUCAGCAGCGGGCUCCACGCCUGCGCACUGAAAGAGAAAGUGCUUCCUUUGCCGUCCACGGUGUUCUCUCAGGCACUCCAUCAGAGCCCUCCCAGCCUCAGGCUUUGCACUUUUACUUCCCCCCCUCUUCUUUGUGAGCUUUCCCUCUUCUCAGAAGCACACCAAAAAUAAGUGAAAGAGUUAGAAAUAUAAGAUAAACCCAGCCGAGAAACUACAUGCACACAUGUUAAAUAUAUAUAUGUUCUAAUAUGAAGCAAAUUAGUUGUCAGAAAAGUUGUUUAGAGGAUGCUGUUCACAAACGCUGCAACAAGUGGCUGUGGAGUGUGAGAAUGUUGAUAAAACUGGAGGAAAGUUAUUUUAUUCGAAGUGCAGGGUUGUGUAAAACACAUUAAAAGCCAUAAUGGAGUACGGUGAGGCCACAGUGUUAGGACUGCGUACAUCUAAGCCUCUUUUUUUUUUCUUUUUUUUUGGUGGGGGGGAGCUUUUCUUAUUCAAAACAGCCCCACAAAAGACUUCCAGUGAGCCUUGCCACAUCCCCAUCUGACUUGGGGCCAUUCAUCAGCCUUCCAAGCCUAUCAAUGACAUGUCCCCAUCAGGGCUCCUAUAAAAUAAGCCCCUUUCCCAUGAAACAUCAGCAAACAUUUUGACGGGUCUGGCUUUCCCCCCGCUGGAUUUCUCUCCCCACCCCUGCACCCCGUCUCCUUUCCACCCUUAUUCCCACCUCUCCCUCUCUCCUCCGCCAACACCACCCCUCUCUGGGCGAACCUCAGAUCCUCCACAUCUCCUGUGACGGGCAGUGGACACAGAGCGAGACGAGGGGAGAGCCGCCGAGGAGGGGGAAACGUGCACUAAGCCAUUUUCUUGGAGCAGCCGGCGUCGUUGAUGGGAAGAGGAUGCAUUGCGGGCUGCUGGAGGAGCCUGACAUGGAUUCCACAGAGAGCUGGAUUGAAAGGUGCCUCAAUGAAAGUGAGAGCAAGCGAUAUUCCAGCCACACGUCUCUGGGGAACAUGUCCACCGACGAACAUGAGGAAAAGGAAAACAACAGAGCCUCAAAACCACAUUCAACACCAGCUACUCUGGAAUGGUUAGAAGAGAAUUACGAGAUUGCAGAAGGUGUAUGUAUCCCCAGAAGUGCCCUCUACAUGCACUACCUGGACUUUAGCGAGAAGCACGACACGCAGCCGGUGAACGCCGCCAGCUUUGGAAAGAUUAUAAGGCAACAGUUUCCAGCACUAACCACCAGAAGACUGGGAACCAGAGGCCAGUCUAAGUAUCACUACUAUGGCAUCGCGGUGAAGGAGUCGUCUCCGUACUACGACGUGAUGUACUCCAAAAAAGGGGCGGCGUGGGUGAACGAGACGGGGAAGAAAGAGGUCACGAAGCAGACAGUGGCGUAUUCACCGCGCUCCAAACUGGGGACGCUCCUGCCAGAGUUUCCAAAUGUCAAAGACCUAAAUUUGCCUGCCAGCCUGCCAGAGGAGAGGGUGUCGACCUUCAUCAUGAUGUACAGAACACACUGUCAGAGGAUACUGGACACUGUUAUCCGAGCCAACUUUGACGAGGUUCAAAGCUUCCUGCUGCACUUCUGGCAGGGCAUGCCCCCCCACAUGCUGCCUGUCCUCGGCUCCCCCACUGUAGUGAACAUCGUCGGCGUUUGCGACUCCAUCCUCUAUAAGGCCAUUUCUGGGGUUCUGAUGCCCACCGUCCUGCAAGCACUGCCUGACAGUUUGACUCAGGUUAUCCGAAAAUUUGCCAAACAACUUGACGAAUGGCUAAAAAUAGCACUUCACGACCUCCCCGAAAACCUGAGAAAUAUCAAGUUUGAGCUGUCUCGGAGAUUCUCUCAGAUCCUGAAGCGGCAAACAUCGUUAAACCAUCUCUGUCAGGCGUCCCGGACUGUAAUAAACAGUGCGGACAUCACCUUUCAAAUGCUGGAGGACUGGAGGAACGUGGACCUGAACAGCAUCACCAAGCAGACACUUUACACCAUGGAGGACUCGCAGGAGGAGCACCGGCAGAUCAUCAUCCAACUGUAUCAGGAGUUCGACCGCUUAUUGGAGGAGCAGUCGCCGAUCGAGGCGUACAUCGAGUGGCUGGAUUCCAUGGUGGACCGCUGCGUCGUCAAGGUGGCAGGAAAGAGGCCCGGGAGCCUGAAGAAGGUGGCUCAACAGUUCCUGCUGAUGUGGUCGUGUUUUGGUACCAGAGUCAUCCGGGAUAUGACCCUCCACAGCGCGCCCAGCUUCGGCUCCUUCCACCUGAUCCAUCUCAUGUUUGACGACUACGUGCUCUACCUGUUAGAGUCUCUGCACUGUCAAGAGAGGGCCAACGACCUGAUGAGGGCCAUGAAGGGCGAGGGGGUCACAGCAGAACCAGAGGAGGACUUCACGCUCUCAGAAACCACUCCCACCUCGCCGUCUCCAGGCUCCUACUCUCCAGCUCGAUCAGUAAACUCCGUCAGCGUCUCCUCGGUUGGUUCCCCCACAGCCGCGGUGUCUCCAGAGUUCACCGGAGUGAACGCCUCCACAGGUGCUGUGCAGUCAUAUACCUGGUCCCUUACAUACACAGUGACAACAGCUGGUGGUUCUACUCCUGAGGCCGGACAGCAGCUGUCCUGCAUGAGGAGCAGCGCUCCGGUUCCCCCUCCCUCCUCCACCCACAGGAUGCCGGUGUAUCCCCACAGAGAAGAGCAUGGUUACCCUGGUAGCUACAACUACAGCAGCUACAGCAAUCAGCAUCCUCACUCCAUCCAGAGCCAGUAUCCCAGUCUGGCGCAUGAAGCGGCGAUCCCCGCCCCCCUUCACUACUCCACCUACCACCGCUCAUCUGCACAGUACCAACAGAUGUCUCGGAUGGAGCCCUGUCUGAUGGGCAGCACUCCUCGUUUGCACCCUACGCCUGUCGCCCCCCGGUGGCCGGAUGUGUCCCCUGCCAACAGCUGUUACACCAGCCCACCUUUGCAUUCGUCCCGUUACCCCCCCUCUGGGGACAUGUACUCUCCCCUGGGGCCUCGCAGGAACUCAGAGUAUGAACAUUCGCAGCAUUUUCCCGGCUUCGCGUACAUAAACGGCGAGGCCACCACAGGCUGGGCCAAAUAAAAACAUUGCUGUGGAUUUUUUUCGUACAAGCUCCAGAUCUGCCAUGGCACAAAAGUGCUUUCAGAGGAGUGCAGGUACAAAUGUGUGAGUAAAGAGGGGGAAGUGCCAGGAAUAAAGGCUGGAAUGACAAUUCCAAGAGAUGCAAUCACACGGUUGGUUGUGGCAUAAAUUAGUUUAUUUAACUUUUUUUUUUCUUUUUUCAAAAUUGUCAAAGGGAGAAAAAAAUACUGUAAAAACUUGCAGCAUCAUUAUUUUAGGAGUGCAAUGCUGCCGCCGAGCUGUGCCUUCGAUUUAAGGAAUGUACACCUCUGCCGAGUUUCCCUGAAAGGUCAGAGCUCACGCCACCUCAACAACAGUCAGCGGUGUUCGCCGUUACUGACCCCAGCACAAUCCCCCCCGUCAUCACGAAGAGCUGUUCUGCCUUAACCUCCACCUGCAACACCUUUUUUACUGUUUCAUCCAUCAUUAAGGUGUCUCAGCAUUUCCAGUCAGAGUUUUUUAAUGAUUGACUGCUGUGACUCAACAAAUGUAUGUUGUCACAAGGUUUUUUGUUGUUUCUCUGUGACACACUCGGAUGCAUACCAUACACACACACGUAUGUAUCCUCUGUGACUUUGUAACAUGGUGUAUCCUUUAUUUUCUAUGUUACAGUUUUGUCUAUGUUUUGUAUGAUUAGUAAAGGAUGCAUUAACUUAGAGAUGUGUGUUUUAUAAUGCACUCAAAGCCACUGAGGACCUAUUACCCUAUGGGUAUUUAUAGAAAAGGGAAAGUAUCAAAGUGUACAGUAACAUGAAGUCUAGAAACUCUUCUGUAAAUACCAUGAAAGCACUGGAAAACAUAUGUGGUGACAGUUUAACUAUCACAGCUGAAAGUUAUGUAUAUGUGGGAAAUAUGCUGCCACAUAAAUAAUUUCUCUAUUUAAAAGCAA